AUGGAGAAAAAAUGUUUGACACAAAGUUCAACCGAGUUCGUUGCUCACAAUCGACCGCUAUCAACUUCGACAGUUGCUAAAUCUAAUGUUUUGACAAAUGGACAAGUCACCUGGAUCUAUAAAGUUGAAAAUGGGUCCAACUUUUCUUGGUUGCAAUUUGGUGACAUUGAAAAAGAAAUUAUUGAAAAAGCCUUCAUAAAUCACGAAAAGAAAGUACAACUCGAUCGUUGCUUAGUCGAUUUGGAUGAAAAUGUUCGAAUCAAUAAGCAAGACUCUUCUUCUCGAAUGCCAAUCAAACGAUGUGUCGACUUUUCGUCCGACUAUACUGCUCUUCGUCCAGAACGUUUCUCUGCACCUCAAAAACUUGCCAAAUCGUUCAGUGAUUGGACAUCGAAUGAUCGUCGAUUUAUCAACGAAUGGAAGAGACAAAAUCGACGUUUAUCGAUGAAUGAAUUGUUAGAACAAGCAGCAGAUGGUAUUAUCAAAGAAGGUAUUAACCGUGGGGAACCAAUUGAAGCUAAAUGGAUAGCAGACGAGCUUCAAUUACUCAAGAAUAAAUCAAACGAAGAAAUUGAAAAGCGUGUCGUAUCGAUCUAUACUCGUGAGAGUUUUCUUUAUCGACUAGUGAAUAUAACAUUACGCGAAAACGACUUAUCGAAAUUACACAAUCUCGGUGCAUUCUGUUGGCUACUUUUUCAUUGUGAUUGCUCGUCCACAUUUAGCAAUCUAGGCUAUGCUGGUAAACUUUAUCGUGGUGCUCAACUCGAUAAAGAUACUAUUGAAUCAUACAAAUUAGCUAUUGGUCUCGUUAAAACUUGGGAUGCUUUUUCAUCGACUAGCAAGAAUCGAAAGAAAGCCGAAACAUUUGGGAACACUCUAUUUAUUAUUAGUCUUGCUAAAUCGACCAAAUAUCGAUAUUCCGGCAUGGACAUAUCAUCACUGUCUUGUUAUCAGGAUGAAGAAGAGGUGCUUAUCCGAGCAAGUAGAAAUUUUCUUGUAGACACUGUCGAACAAGAUAGUGUCACAGGAAAAUAUUUGAUUUAUUUAUCGUUAUGUUAA